UGUGUUUUUGACCAAUCACCGUUACAUCUUACAUUCUUCACCACUUCACUAAUGUUGGCGUUCCUGUCGUUCAACAUGCCCAGAAGCUUAUUGCUGACAGCCUGAUGCAAGCGCAACUGACGACUACGUCUUGACUGUGACGACCACCUCCAGCAUGAACGGACAACCUAUACCAGGCUUCUACUUUGACUCGGAGAAGAAAAAGUACUUCCGAAUCCAAGGACAGGUUGCAGCACGGGACUCGAACUUGAAGUACUCACUCGCCAACAUCCGAAAAGAAGAGAGAAAUGAGCGUAUCCAAAGAGCUGCCACUGCGCGCACCGACAAGAUACGCAAAGAACGAGUUGUGCGGCGACAUGUCGGCACCCUUGUUCAGACAGAAGUAGAACGAGAAAUAGGUCACAGGAGAAGAUCUUUCUACAUGCAAAAUCUGUGGCCUGAUGCUUGCAUGUCUGGAGUCAGCAACCGGCCAAAACAAAUUCUUGACAGACCGGAUGAUGCUUCGGUCCGGUAUUUUGACCAAGAUCCGCAUUCGAAAACCAUAUACGCAGUCCAUGGAGAAAACAGAGUUAAGCGACGUCGGAUACACACCGAAAACGGUCCACCAUUUCCGAGCUACGACGACUCAGAAGCCACCAACUACUUCAAUUCCUUAUCUCUCAACAAGUACUCUUUCGAGCCAUGGGAUGAGUUGACGAGGACUACAUCGACUGUCUCGUCGUUGAGUUACAUGCCAGCAACUGGGGCGCUUGCAACCACCACAUAUGGCUCAGAUCGACCUCCUGUUGUCUCUUUGAGCGACCCAGAACGAGACGGACCAUAUGUAGCGCAGCAGUUUACGCCCAAGGGAUGUACCGCAAUAUGGGGAGCCGCAGCCAGGCCGACGAGCUUCUCACCGUCCCCAGGACUCGCCAACAGUGUCGCGGCAACGCAUACAGAACACCUUGCCGUCGCGGCAUCGAACUCGCUCCUACUCUUUACUCGCUCACCAACGGGAACAUGGGACUCGAACACGGCUGUAAGGUCACUCAAUUCCGACAUCAUUUCCCUAGACUGGAUAUCGUAUACUACAAUUGCGCUUGGAUGCCGCGACGGCAAGAUACGUCUUCACGACACGCGAUCAGGCGGGUCGAGCCAUAUACUUACACAUCCAUAUCCGAUCGCGAAGCUCAAGCGCGCCGAUAGCGAAACACGACUCAUAUGCUCCGGCCUCCAGGACAGCCUCUUCUUGUAUGACAUCCGCUCGCCGCGCCCGUCACGAACAUCAUCGUCUCACUCGUUCAACUACGAUAACCACCACUACAACGAGCAGUACUUCAAGACACUGUACCCGGGAAAUCGCGACACCAAAAAGCGCCGGAAACUCAACCACACUGCAUUAAAAAACUGGUCUCAGCCUUUGCUCAGCUUCGCACAUCACAACCUUGAUGACCUAGAGCUUGACAUCGAUGUACAUCCGCGGAUGGGCCUGUUGGCAGCAAGCCAGGACUCAGCUACGGGUACAGCAAUUAGAAUAAGUAAUAUAUGGACGGGCAUGACUGUCAAGGAGAUCAAAUGCAGUAGUAAGACGGCAAAAGGUAAGGGAGCGCUGGCGAAGAUUCGUUCUCUAAAGUUUAUAGAUAGUGGAGAUGGGGAUGGCGGGGCGGAUCUAUGGGCGUGUUGGGAUGGUGGGAUUGCGAGGUUCGGGUGGUGACUUUUCGGCUGAGAAAGGAUCUCGCGCUGUGAGGUAGGUUGGUUUUAACAUAUCAAGACUUUUGUUUUAGAUUACUUAUCUAUCCCAUAGGCUUAUUAACUGUAAUCUUAAAAGGGUAAAAAAAAGCCCUUUUAGGUAUUACUAAACUGUCAUCCCUAAUCUACCUAUACGCAGUCG